CAACCGUCAAACUAACGUCAAAAUAAUAUUUACAGACAAAAGCUCUUUGUGAAACGAAACGAGCGCUUUGUUUAAAAAUAAUUUAUUUAUGAUUAAUGAGCGUUAAUUAUAAAACUAAGUUUGUUCUAACUAACGACUUGUAUAAUAGUUAUUUUAAUAAACAAAAUUGUUUGGGAAUCACGUAACAUUUGGGAUUUUCCAAAGAUUCCUUCGUCAGAUACAGUGAGAGAUAAAAAAAAAUUGCACCGCGUGAUUUUGUGUAUCGAUUUCAAAGAAUUUGUACAUAAAAAUGAGUAGAUGUGAUUUUAAAGUCGUGUUAUUAGGGAGUGAACAUGUAGGAAAGACAAGUUUAGUGCUUCGUUUCGUCAGUUGCAGAUUUAAUGCCGAUAUUCCAUAUCAAAACACGGUCGGAGCAGCUUUCUGCGCUAAAACAAUGCAAUCAAACGGAAAGGACUUUAAUGUCGGUAUAUGGGACACGGCGGGAAGCGAAAGAUACGAAGCGAUGACAAAAAUAUACUACAGAGGUGCUCACGCAGCGAUCAUAUGCUACGAGCCAUCAUCAGCAGCUUCUUGGACCAGACUGAGGCACUGGCUUCAGGAACUGAGAGGAAUUGAGGAGAACUGUAAAGUAUACCUGUGUGGGACAAAGAAGGACCUCCUAGACGGCGGGUACGUCACGAGGGAAGUUCCAGAGGAUACGGUGGCAGCUUACUCCCAAGGUCUCUGUGGACAUUACUUCACUUCUAGCAAAACUGGGGAGAAUGUUGACGAAUUAUUUCAAAAAAUAGUUGACGACUGUGCUGCUGAUGUCCAGUUAAUGAAAAACGUUGAAGACAUGAGACUACAGCUCCAAAAAGACGAGGCAGCUUACAAAGCGAAAAACAAAGACUACUGUUACUGUUGAAAAGAUCAGAAGACUGAAAAGACCGUGGUAAAAGUGUCUCAAAAUUAUCAAAUAAGUUACUUAAAAGUAUUGUAUCGUCACAAAAUGUAAGCACAGUAGACGAGAAAACCAGUAGAUGAAAAGACCGGAAAAGACCAAUCAUUUUUAAUUAACACGUUAAACGCCAUGGCAGUCACCGGUGACCGACAUUAGCGGAGGAUUUGCCUUCAACAGUUUUUUAUUGGCAGCCAAUGCCUUAAAAAUGGAUUUUGGUCUAAUCAACGAAGUAUUUCAAAAGAAUAUUUUUAUAUCUCUCAAAAGACUAGUAGACCGAAAAGACCACCGCGUAUUUUUUUGUUUAAAAUUUCUAAAUGUGGUGUUUGGAAAGUCCUAUGUUCAACUUCGGCUGGAAUUAGGAAUUAAGGCUAUGCCUAAAUAAUAUCUAUGUUUUAUAAAUAUGAUCUAAAGGCUUUUAGAUUUAAGAGAAAGACUAAAAAGCUAGCUUCCAAAUUUGUUAUAAGUAGGUAUUUGUAUUGUACAAGCGAAAUUUUACACUAUUUGUAUUAGCGUAAAGAUCGAAAUAGUUUACGCACUGUAGAUAGCUAGAAUUUUUUUACUUUCAUGUGGCUGGUACCAUGAUAAAAGACAUUUUCCGUCUCUUUUUAAUGAACAUGCGCAAAAGUGCAGUUGUUUAAGAAAUAUGCGCUUGCAUCAAGCUAUGCAAAUAAGUACAGACUGCCUCGUUGGCCGAGUGGUCGCAAGGGCGAUUCCCGGGGGUCCCGCAAGAGGUCUUUCGGGUUCGAUUCGGUCGGGCAAUGUAUUACUGUUUUUUAUCUCAAUAGUAGCACGGAGCCUGGAAUU